UGGAUGUUUCGACUGGUUUUGCCUGCUAGCAAAGGUUCAAUAAGCUGCAUAUUGUUUAACUUAACAGCAAUUAUAUACAGUAUCGAUUAUAUUAGCAACUUGAGGUAACUUCCUGACUCCUUAUGGCGGUAAAUACAUGUAAAAGUUGAAUGCCAACUAGUCGCUGACGUUUUAAAUGGAUGCUAAUAAGAUGUGUGACACAAUGCUUGAGCUAACGAUAAAUAAUCACGACAUCUCUGAUAACGAUGAAACCAAAGAGGAGCAGGAGGGUUUUUCAUCUCAAGAAGACACGGACUCGGAUGAUAUCCCCCAAUCUCUGCUCAGCUACUUUGAAACAUCGAAAAGCAGAGCAGCAGUUUGUGAGAAGCUCAUCCUUCAGGAACUUGAAGACUUGACUGCAUCACAUCACACUGAGGACACGAUGAACUUUCAUAUUCAACCCGAAAAGGAUGCAACGAAACUAAACGAGCAGGUCACUUGUGACACAGAAAACAAGGAGAACAACACUUCCACUGACACCCGCCUCCUUCCCACAGAGACAGAAGCACUUUUCACUUUCAAUGUGUCGUCGUGUCCCAACGAUGAAGAUGACGAUACAGAGAAUGAGCAUCGUUGGUCGUUGGAAUACGAGGCAGAGCGAGAGAAAGAACACUGUGAGGAGAUGAAGAAGGAGGAGCAGAAGAGACGAAUAGAAAGAGACUUCCAGAUGGAGCUGAAGAAGAUAAUGCAGGCAGAGAAGCUCCAGCAGAAGGAACUUGAGUUGCUGGAGAAGAGAGCUCAGGAAACACUGGAACAGGAGUUACUGCUUCAGCAGGAAGUGAUCAGCAGCUUACAGAGACGAGUGCAGGAAGAGAGGAGGAUGAGGGAAGAGGAGCAGAAGAGGAUGAAGAACGAGGAAGGCAAGAGGAAAAGAGAAGAGGAGAAAAUUAAGAUUGAGGUGGAGAGGAAAAGAAAGGAGGAAGAGAUUAGAAGGAAGAAAGAGGAAGAGAGAAAACUACAAGUGACAAAACUUAAAAAGGAAGAGGAGAGGAAACACGAGGAAGAGAAAAGUAGAAUACUGGAAAUGGAAGAAAUUAGGAAAAGAGAAGAGGAAAUAAAAAUACAUUUGGAAAAUAAAAAGCUGGAGGAAAAGAUAAGAAUGAUGGAGGAAGAGGAGAGGAUAAAGAAAGAAGAGGAAGAGAGAAUAAAGAAGGAAGAGGAGGAGAGGAAAAGGGAAGAGGAAAGAAAAAGGAUAGAAGAGGCAAGGAGGAAGAGAAAAAAUGAGGAAGAAAUAAGCCAGAAGAAGGUUGAGGAGGAGCAGAGAGGGAAGAGGGAAGAGGAAGAGGGGAGAAUCACAAAAGAAAUUGAUGAGAGGAAGAAAAAGGAGGAAAGGAUUGAAAAGAAAGAAGGAGAGGAGGCUCUGAUGACGAUGAAUGAAAACAUGAAGGAGAGGAAAAACAAGGAAGAGAAGGAUAGGGAGGGAGGGGAAAAUAUACAUUUGAAGGAAGAAAUCAGAACAUUUGAAGAGGACGAGAAGAGGAAAAAGGAAGAAGAAAGAAAAACAAAACAAGAAGAUCAGAGUAGGGAGCAGAAGGAAGAGAUGAGACAGGAGGAGGAAGAAGAGGUUUACAGAAAAUGUGAAAUAGAAAAAAAGCUCAAGGAAGAUGAGGGAGGUUAUAAAGGGGCUGAUGUUGACCAAGGAAAGAUGGAACAUGAGGAAAAAACAAAGGAUGAGGAGGAGAAGAGAAAAGGAGAAGAGAGAAAUAACAUAGAGGCAGAGAAGGAGCUAGAGGAGGAAGAGGUGGGAGAAGACAAGAUAAAGUUUAGCCAGGAAACAAAACAAGGACUCAAAGAAAAGCAGCAGAGUGAAAAGAGAGUGGUGCAUCAUGCGAAAAGGGAGGAAACAGUGGUAAAGGCAAAUCAGCUGCAAGAGAAAAGCAAAAUGGGUCAAAAGGAGAAAGAGAAUAUGGAUGAAAUGGAAGAAUCCACUUCCUGGACUUCCUCUAGCUCUGGUCCAUUACACAGCGAGUCGUCCAUCAGAACUGACACUGUACCACAACCACAUGGAGAAGAGAGCAUCAGUCAGACCUCCAUAGAUAAAACUGACGACUGUGAAAGUGGAGCGGCCAGGCCUUCCACUGUGUCUCUGUUUCCACCUGAGAGCCUCCCAGAGUCCUCAGAGAGGAAGAGGCUGGCCUGGAUGAAGGACUGCGUCCCCUGGUCCAAACUGUCCCUGCAGAACCGGAGGAAGCAGAGAGGAUCUGUGCGGAGAGGAAGAGGGCCGAGAGGGGUCAGCAGCCUGCCUCCACUCUGCCCUGACGCUCUGCUGAGGUCCACAGGCUGGGAGUCCCUGCAGGAGGUGACCACAGUGACUCUGGAGGAUUUACCCGGCUGUAGCGUAUCCACUCUGAGUCAGUGCACUCGCCUCCAGUCCCUCACCCUCAGACGCUGCGGCCUCAGAUCUCUGGAGGGCGUCAACCAGCUGACACAGCUGUGCUACAUCGAUGUGCAGGAAAAUGACAUCUCUUAUGUCGACUGUGAAAAUAUGAGGAGUUUACGGGUUCUUCGACUCGGCCACAAUCAGCUGACGUCCAUCCAUGGUUUGACUGGGGCUGAAAAUGUGAACUUCCUAGACCUCUCUCACAACUCCAUCUCCCGCAUUGCUGGUCUAGAGUCGAUGAAGAGACUGCAGAGGUUAUCACUGGAUCACAACCAGCUGAUCAGCACCAGAGGACUGAGGGACGUCUACACUCUGCUGCACCUGAACUGCUCACACAACCACCUGGUGAGCGUGGAGGGUCUAGAGAACAGCGCUCUGCUCUGCACACUGGACCUGAGGGCUAACAGCCUCACUGAGCCUCCCAGUCUGAGCAACCACGUCCUCCUCAGAGAGCUGCACCUCCACGACAACAGCAUCUCCUCCCUGCAGAGCCUGAGCGCCUGCUGGCUGCCCCUCCUGCAGCAGCUCUCUGUGGCCCAGAACAGAAUUACCCAGUUGCCCUCCAUGUCUGAUUCCGUGUCCCUCGCAAAUCUGGAUGUCCGAUUCAACUGCCUGUCAGAGCUCCAGAACGUGUGUGAGAGCCUACAGGGAUGUCACUUCCUGCGAGAGGUCCACCUCGCAGGGAAUCCUCUUCAGCAGGAGCGAGGCUGGAGAUCCGCCCUGCAGAAAGCGUUGCCGGGCCUGAGGUCCAUCGAUGACCAGCAGACAGACUCCUCUCUAUCGCCCCCUGCUGUUCCUCAGGGCAGCUCGGCCUCAGGCAGCUUCCUGAUGUUCUGUCAGGCUCAGCUUCAGAGGGCUCAGGAUUUGCAUCAGCAGCUCAGCAGGGAGCUCAGUAAUGCCUCACUUUCCCUGGAUGCUGUGAAGUCCUCCUGCAGACGCUUCACUGAGACUCUGCAGCUGGCUGAGGACCAGAGGUUUGCCCAUGAGUACGGUGACACCACUGUGCCUGCAGGUCAAACAGCACCUGAGGAAACCCUGGAGGUGGACAGUACCGAUACUGAAAACCACCCAGAAAUGGAUAUUGUCCCUCCAGUUCCUCCAAAUGGAGACAAUACCAGAUGCAGCAACUUGACUUUAAAGGAUGAGUAUGCUGCAGAAAUCCAACAUAACACAUUCAACACUGGGGCAACACCUCCAAAUAACGGGCCAACAAUUCACAAAGCGAACUCGGAAAGUAUUCACCCCUCGACAUCUUCCUUCAAUCUCGAAAUGGCACCUGUGUCCAACCAUGAGGAUCUGAACCUCCAAAGGAGCACCUCAGCAGCGGUCAGGAUCCAGCAGCUGUGUGAUCACAGACUGAAAUGUGGGAACGUCAGCCGCCCCUCCACACAAGUUGAGGGUGGAGGAAGAGGAGGAGAUGGAGGACAGCCGGAGUCAGGACCUGGCUUUCUUAACGGGAGUGCUGUUGCUCAGCAUUAUGCAGCAAGUGUCAUCCAGGCAUUUUGGAGGGGCUUCUCUCUGAGGAGGAGGCUCGCAUCUGCUCUGGCUGCUGUCACACGCCCUGACACUGCAGAGGACGACACCUUAGAGGAGGUGGAUGUGGAUGAAUUUGACUUCGAUGAGGCAGCGCUAGAGAAACAGUGGACAUUGUCCCUUCCUGAAGACUCCCCUCCCAGAGGUUACGCUGUGUCAGAACAGCCACCGUCUCUGAAGCCUCCUGUUCACUUUCCUCCAGCCUCCGAGUAUCUACUCUCACCCCCGCCGCUUGUGUGGAGACCAAAGCAGGCCUGGGUGCCUCCAGAACCGGCUGCUGAUCAGAGAGUUUCCCCUGAGAGCUCUAACAGAAGCAAGUCUCCUGCCUCAGUGCUCAGCGGUCUCUCUGAGCGAUCGGAAAAGAUUCGGGAAGAAUGGGGUUUCACUCACAGCCACACAGCUCUCCAGAUGCUCAAGAGAGCUCAGAAGAUGAAGUCGACUAAACAACAGCAGACUAAACGUAGAGAUCCCUUUGUCCGUCACUCCUCCAUCAGAAAGUGCAGUUACCAGCUGGGUCCAGUGGAGGCACGAAACAGGCCAGCCCUACACAACAGGAAGGAGACAAAAGUUGGCCAGGCAGAGCUGGAGCUUCAGCAGGCGGAGAAGGUGGAGCGAGUGAAGCAGGAGCGAGCCCAGCAGUGGCUGCACACCCAGGCUGCUCGCUCUGACCGGGACUCAGAGAGCGAGCAUUUCUUACCGGAGAUCAGCUCGGACAUUCUGAACGGAGGCAGAGUGCAGCUUGUGGCCGACCCAGGAUACGCAGAAUGUCACGCCAGCGGAUCGUGCACCAACAACCGUUUAGCUGCCCAGCCCUGCAACGAGAACAAUUACCCCCGCAGAAACUCUUUGGGUCAUGCAAGAAAAGAAGUCCCAUCUCCUCCGGGAGUCACGUCUGCUCCGUCAAAGAAGGAACGCAUGUCCUUCCGAGACAACCCAAUGCAGAUGAGUGGCGGCUGGGGAGGGGGCAAGAAGAGGGACAGAGUGUACAAGUAAAACACAAACUCUUCCACAUCCAUGACACCUUUCGUCUUUACCCAACAUGUGAAGAACUCAAAGACAUCCUCUGCUGAUUCCCCCUGCAGCUGCUCUUUCCAAACUCAGCUGAAAACUCGAGCUCCCCAUCCCCGAACCAAAAAAUGAAUCAACAGCAAAAAUAGGACCUGGACCAGCCCAAAUAUCUUCAGGCACUUUUGUUAUGUUGACUCAGCUCAAGUAUCAGCGUCUGAACGUGAUCGCGGCCAAGCAGCAACCGAAACACAUGGAACCAAAUGGCACGCUUCAUAUGCAAAUGAUGGCAGGAAAUAAGAACCAGGACCUUCUGAUACCCGUGAAUUUAUGUUUCCUUGGAUGCUGAACUGUUGUUUCUCCGCUGAUUUACUCUCUCGAACAAAAACAAAGUAAUUAUAGUUUGUUGCCGUGGGAAGAGACUUGCCUUUUCCACGUAUUCUGCUCUCUUAUGAGUACAAUUUAACCAUUAAAUAGUUUCCGUAUCCUGGAUAACACACUGCCCAGAUAAAAAAACGGGGAUAAUGACUCACAGAUAUACUAGUGUUUUGAAGCCAAUACUCUACGUAAUAUGGGUGUAAUAACAGUGCAAUGUGGAUGAAAGAUAGGUGACAUUAAUGGGUGCAACAUGUGUGUAACGCGGGUAUAACCUAGAUGUAAUAUGGGUGUAAAGUUGGGGCAAUGUGGGUGUAACAUGGAUGUGAUAUAGUGGUGUAACAGUGGUGUUAUAUGGGUUUAAAGUGAGGGCAAUAUGAUUGAGACAUGGGUGUAUUAUGGGGGUGAAAUGGGUGUACAUUUAUUUGGUGAUAUAUUAUGGAUGUUUCAUCGGGUGUAAUGUUGGUGUACGAUGGGUCUCAUAGGUGCAAUGCAAAUUAUCUACCCUAAAUGGGUAAUAUAUUUUGGAAAAAAAGCACAAUUUGGAAAAAAAGUAGUGAAAUUGUCAUUUUAGCCGAGAUAUUAGAUUCAUAAAUGUCCCCAAAUAUUCCCCUUUUAAGGUUUAACUGACAUUUUAGUGGCUUCUUUUAGUUCCUGCCCGGCAACAGUGGGCUUGAAAUUGACUGCCACGCACAAACGUUGGUGUUAGAAUCAGAUCAACGUUUUCUUUAUUUUCGGCCGUGGAUUAUAACGGCCUUGUCUCGGGUGUAUUUGAGCUACAAGGCGUCCGUCCGCAAACACUGCCCUCCUGGAGGCGGUGAACCUCGAGGCCUCGGAGGUUCCUCGCUGGUGCGCCGCCUGGAAAUGAUAACUUAAUGAAUGUCAAAACAAAUAGUCGGAGCUGCAGAGUGGCUCCCUGGCAGGAAAUGCAUGUCUGUGUAUUUAUUUUCUCUCCUAUCUCUCACUCUGCACAUGUCUGCAGGCUGUGUUUGGACUGUACUGUAGGGAUUUCUGUCUUAAGAGUGGCGUAUGCCAGAGAUGUGGUCCGGCCCACUUGGGUAUGUUGUGAAACCAAAGAGCAGUGUUCUCCUUCAGGGGGGACAUCAAGGGGGGGGAGUAUCUGUCAUCAAUCAGUCAAUACACAACUCGGAUAAAGCCAAAUUCAGAUAUUUAUUGCAUACAACACGCAAAGACAGGUGAAGUAAAUGUGCAGUUAUUUAUUGUCACUUUCUCUGACAUGUGUUCAGAUUUUCCCAGGCUUUUCUCCACAACUCCUGCCGCUGAAAUGAUAUUGUUAAACCAGCGUCCACCAGUCUUCAUUACUGCUGUUUACUUUUGGGUUAUGGCUUAAUUAUAUGUAACUUAAGACAUCCAAAAUCCACCGCGUGGUGAAACGAGUGCUGCACCGCACAUUCAGAUAAGAUGAGGAAUGUCCCUCUCAGCCCGCUUGACCUCAAGUCAGCACAAGCUGUCAGAUUGAGUCUGCCAAAGAGACCUUUUCCAUCCAAAUCCCUCUGAGUGCUGUCUUCAAGUGCAUUAAAGGACCGUAACAGAGUCUGCUUCCAAGUUUCUAGCUUCAGUUUUGCACGCUGUACAUUUUGCUGACUAUUUCUGAAAGCAUGCGGUACUGCUUUACAUUUUUGGAAUUUUUUUUAGACAGUUUUAGCAAGUUUCAAGAGAGAUUGAUUUGUAUAUAAUUUAAUUUGCCCUCCUGUUACACCCCUGUUACAUCCUUAAUACACCUAUAUUACAUCCAUAGUACAGCCAUGUGACAGGUUAAAGCCAUCUUAAAUCCAUCUUUCACUGUUAUUACACCCGUUUAUCUGAUUAUCUGUGGAGUACAGGCUUCACAACAUCAGUAUAUCUGUGCUUAUUGUCCCUGUUUUAUCUGGGUAAUGUGUCCUUCAGGAUACAGAAACUACUUAAGGGUUAACAUACAACUGUUGUAGUUAUAUCAUUUAGCUUUACUAAGCAUUUAAAUGUAAAAUAACCGUGACUCAAAUUCCCACAAACACUUACCGAUGAGAAAAGAAUUACACAAGAUAUCUAUUGUUAUUUAUUUCUACCUUAUGACACAAUUAGCCAUCUCUUUUAGCCAAAGUAGAGCUUAAAGAAAUGGAUAUAAACUCUACGGAAUGUGCGAGCUCUCCUGGAAAUGUGAAACGGACGUUGUCAGAAACGUUUCUGCGCUGCUCUCUGGUAAAAGUCAGAGCUGCUGGUUUAUAACAUCACAGAGAUGAAAACAGGACAGAGUCUUCUGUCUAAAUUGAGGGCAGGAGGGCUGUCACAUGAUGUAAAUUACCUUUAGAGGUUUGUAAAUUAAUUAAGGCAGAACAGAGUCCCUUUAAUCUGUCAGAGGUUGGACUCCUUGGUGUUUAUAUACAGAGGACAUUCAUGGAAGUAAGGUUAUGCACACAUACAGAAUGUUUAUCUACACGACGUGGAUAUUAAAGGAAUUAUAAAAUGGACAUCAUUUGAAUUUACUUUAACAAAUCCUCUCAUUUUUGAUGAUAAUCCAAAGUUUUACUUGUAAUUUAAUUACAUUUCUACAUUUCAAUAACUCUUUAUGGGUGAUCAGUAUCUGUUUUUUUCCUGGUUCGUCUAUCGCUGGUGUUUAAAUGAUUUUCUUUUUCCUACGUGAUGAAAGAAAACAAACAUUUUUAUAGAGUUAGAGGUUUUUGAUGUGUGUUUGCAACCCUAUAAUUUUAAUUUGACUAAUUUAUCUUUUAGUUGAAUUUAAGAC